GGGGAGGGGACACAUUUUUGUGAAGAAAGGAACAAGUGGUAAAAGAGGAAAAGAUGAAAAAAAUGCAGUUAAUAGAUUUUUUCGUUUUAGGCAAAUAGACUUUAGAGAGUAACCAUCUCUGACUGCUCCAAGACACGGAAUUUAACCACUGUUCAUGCCUUUUGCUCCUCUGUGUUCACAUCCUUCAGAUGAUUUUUCCCACGGAGAGUUUUCCCUGGACUUUGGCAUCAGUGACUAGAGCGUGUUAACCUUAGGAGCGAAAAUAAGUUAACACCCAAGAAGUUUCCUCGUAGCUGUUAGAAAUAUAGCCUGUUAGAAACAAGACUCAUAACUACUUUUUAGAAGGUUAUUUAUAACAGUAAAAUUCUUUAAGUGCAUUCUUGGAAGUUUAGGUAUGUUUUUUAUUGACUAGGGUAACUCAGGAGGCUUUCAGUUGGAAGUAAUAGAAAAUUCACUUCAAUACUGACUAAAUUGUAGGAGAAUUAUUGGCAAAUACAACUGAUUCUAGAGGGAGAAGAGGUUUCGGGUAAGAAACCUGUUGUUUAGCUCAACAGUGUCACUGUGGGCUCCAUCUGUGACUGCUCUGCCUUCCAGUGGCAUCUGCAUGAGUCUCUGUUUGGUUCUAGUGUGAGCACAAAAUGGCCUCCUACAGGUUCCAGUAUUUCUCCCACCAUUGAAUCAGUCUCGAGCUUAACUCAGAUUGAACUAACUGGGGCAGGUGUCCAGCUCUACGCCAGCCGUUGCUCCAGAGGAAUUAUGCUGAUUGUCUGAGGCUGAAUCAUGUCCCAUCUCAUAAGAGAUACCUGUGGCAAGGUGGAUGGGAGCUGCUGAUUGGCUUGGUUGAGUCAGGGCUGGAACUAGAGAUGAGUUCAAUCCUGUCCAAACUGGUGUGGUUUAGGCAAUCCGGGCUCUUGUUAAGCAGAGGAAGAGGGGGAUGAUGCUGGGGAGGCAACCAGCAAUGCCCACCGCAGUGGUUACACCACCUUCAAAUAUGUUGUCCACUUUAUUAGUCUAGAACAGGGUUUUUCAAGGUCAGCUGGAUGAUUGUGUAGGGGGCUGCACUGUGCAGUAUUGUAGGAUGUUUAGCAGCAUCCCUCUCUACCCACUAGACACCAGUCCUUCCAUCCCUUCCCCCCACUAUGACAACCAGAAAUGUCUCCAGAUACUGCCACAUGUCCUGGUGGAAAGAGGGGAGGGCAGUCAAAAUCGCCCAGUUAGGAACCGCUGAUUUGGAAUAGUGUUUUCAACUUUGGUCACACACCCCUGUGAUUAGAAAUGUGCACAGCCCCUUGUGUAUUUAUAACAUACACAGAAAAUAGAGAAUAAAUGAUGGAGAUUAUAAAUACAAUGAAAUGGAAAUUAUAAUAUUUUCUUUAUGUGCUUCAGUGAAUUUUUGCGCACAUCUCUUAGAGUAUGCUCCCCACUUUGGAGAUUAGUGGCUGAGAGUAUUGGUAUCCAGUCGCUCACUCAAUUUCCCAACUCUGUGAUCCUUGCCCUGUGUCACACUAACUGGGUGUGGAGUGUGACCUUUCCUAUUGUCUGGGCAUUGGCUCCCAGAGCCCUUGGCUGAAUCAUGUUAAAAAGAGCUUCCACCUCUGCGGCCAGACACCUCCUCUAAGACUUGGAAGAGAGAGGUGGCAGAGCCAGCUCUACUGCCAUUGCCCACUCUGCCCCCAGACGGCGCUGAGAAGAAAGGUGGUGGCUGUCAACCUUGGGGCAUGUGCUGUGUGGAGAGAAGGUCAUCCUGUCACCAUCCCCUAUUCUAUCCCCAUGCUGUAGGAGAUCUUGGCUGUGGAUUGAGGGAGCUGGUGUGGGGGCACAGUUGGUGCUAUUUUCACUUGUCCACUGGAAGUCAUUAAGACCAGGUUGCAGUCAUCACGAUUAGCUCUCCGGACGGUCUACUAUCCACAGGUCCAUCUAGGGACCAUUAGUGGAGCUGGGAUGGUGAGACCAACCUCCGUGACCCCUGGGCUCCUCCAGGUUCUGAAAUCAAUCUUGGAAAAGGAGGGACCAAGAUCACUUUUUAGAGGCUUGGGUCCAAAUUUGGUUGGAGUUGCUCCAUCAAGGGCUGUGUACUUUGCAUGUUACUCCAAAGCCAAAGAGCAAUUUAACGGCAUUUUCGUGCCUAAUAGCAAUGUUGUGCAUAUUUUCUCAGCUGGUUCUGCAGCUUUUGUCACAAAUUCCUUAAUGAAUCCCAUAUGGAUGGUUAAAACUCGGAUGCAGCUAGAACGGAGAGUGCGAGGCUCCAAGCAGAUGAAUACGCUCCAGUGUGCUCGCUAUGUUUACCAGACGGAAGGCAUUCGUGGCUUCUACAGAGGAUUAACUGCUUCAUACGCUGGGAUUUCAGAAACUAUAAUCUGUUUUGCUAUUUAUGAAAGUUUAAAGAAGUAUCUGAAAGAAGGUCCAUUACCCUCUUCUACAAAUGGGACUGAGAAAAAUUCCACAAAUUUUUUUGGACUCAUGGCGGCUGCUGCGAUUUCCAAGGGCUGUGCCUCCUGCAUCGCCUACCCCCACGAAGUCAUAAGGACGCGGCUCCGUGAGGAGGGCACCAAGUACAAGUCUUUCAUCCAGACUGCUCGCCUGGUGUUUCGGGAAGAAGGUUAUCUUGCCUUUUAUAGAGGACUCUUUGCUCAGCUCAUCAGGCAGAUUCCAAAUACUGCCAUUGUUUUGUCUACUUAUGAGUUAAUUGUGUACCUGUUAGAAGACCAUACUUAGUAACAGGCCAGAAAAUUGUGCUCUAGAAGAAUAAAAGUGAAAAACUCUUAGAGAAUUUUUUUUCCAUUGAUGUUUAGAAUGUUUGAGACUGAAACAGGAAAGACCAUAAAAUACCUGGCUCAUAUCACUCAUUGGACAUUUCCUUUUGGAUUCAUGCUUUCUGGAAGGUUUUAAUUCAUUAACGUUAAUAGUUAAUUAUAACUUUUUUUUUAUAACUUAAGGGAAUUCAGGAUUAAGCAGCAACUAAAUUAAAUCAUGCUAUUUAAUUUAA